AUGGUAGUUGGACAGCAUAUGAUAACAUCCGGUUCUACCUACUCACUGUUAAGGAAAUUAAAUUUACUUGAUGAUCGUUCACUAAAAUUCAAUCGCCAGGACUCAUUUGAGAUUGUUCGAGAUAAAGCAUGCAAGCGUAUAAUGGAACAACACGCCGAAAACGAGAAGCGCUAUAACCUUCGGUCUCGAAACGUCUCAUUCGUGGAAGGACAAGAGGUGUAUCGCCAGAACUUCAAACAAAGCUGCUUCCAGACAGGAUACACUGCCAAAUUCGGACCUUCUUUUGUAAAGGCAAGAGUUCGCAAGAAGCUGGGAGGCGCGUAUUAUGAACUGGAAGACUUACAAGGCACACUUGUAGGUACCUAUCACGCCAAGGAUAUUCGGCAUUAA